UUAAUUAUAGAGUAAAAUUGUGUAACAAUAAUGGAUUUAGACGAUAUAAUAGUAAACAUACCAGUUAUAAAUGCGUUAGAACAUGCUGAAAUAAUGGAAGAACCAAGAAGAUUUUUCCAUAUUAGUUCCAUAUUUUCCACUUUGUUCUGCUGAACGCAGCCAAUUAAAGUUCGUCGUAUCGUAUUUUUGGUCGAUAUUUGCAGAAAGUAUAUAUAUUUUCCAAUGUUGUCAAACGUAAUUAAACGCAACGGAAAGCGUAUACGUUUCUAGUUGCGAAUACUACACAAUUAAGUUCAAGAAUACCAUGUCAGAAACGUAUGCGCAUUUUUACCGUUCGCAACGUGCGUAUACGUAAAGUUGCGUAUAGAUGGCCCGCGUCUUGCGGCUAAUGUAGAACGGGCUUUAAUGGAGUUUCGAUUGCCAGUCGUGAACGUAAGAUGACGCGACAUUAGCUGGGACUAGCUAUUUAUUCUUCGUGAACAUUCAGAUCUAGAAUGCGUCUCGCGCAUCAUCAACGGCAAAACACGGGUUUGUAACGGGCCACUCCUUACUACUGGCGAAUCAUUACACGAUGCUCGUAGCCAGUAUCGCUCUUUAAUAUUUCUCUUUGUGCGUGCGCGUUUACGUCCACGGUGAUGCUCAUCGUGCGCGGUUGCUUGUGAUACGCGAUCUCGAUCAGUAAAUCGUGAUUCUCAGAAAAAUGUUCAUCUGGAUUUUCUUAUCACUCCUGGUUUUUGGAGAUGGCCAGUUCACCCAAGAACCCACCGAAUCUACUCUUAGGACUCCUUCAUGGAACCGAUACGAUGACUGGGAUCAGAAUCCAAAUGUAGGCUUUGGAUAUAAAAACCCUACUGGUCCAAAUGAAAAUAUCAUAAUUAAAGAAGCCACAUACUUUAUAGUUGCAUCUCGCAUGGUCAGACCUGAUCAAGUGUAUCGCAUUGCUGUAAAUAUUCUUCACAGUCCAUUGCCUAUGACAGUACGCUCGUCUAUCCAGCGCAAUGGUGUGGAAAUUGCAGCAGAUUAUCAAGAGGUGAAAGAGGGCAUACCAGAAACUCUAAUGAUGCGUAUGCCACCUACUUCUGUAGGUGGUAACUAUAACUUACGCAUAGAAGGGAUGUACAAUAGUUUAAAAGGUGGCCAAGCCUUCUUGAAUGAAACCAAGUUGAUAUUCUCCCAGCGUUCCAUGACUAUCUUUAUACAGUUAGACAAGCCGGUGUAUAUGCAGGGUGAGAUGGUGCGAUUUAGGACAAUCCCGAUAGAUACGGAAUUAAAGGCCUACAACAAUCCCGUGGAUGUAUACAUGCUGGACCCGCACAGAAGAAUCAUGAGAAGGUGGCUCAGCAGACAGAGCAAUCUGGGCACCGUGUCCUUGUCGUAUCACUUGUCCGAUCAACCGGUAUUCGGCGAAUGGAUCGUGCAGGUGAUCGCGCAGAACCAAGUCGAGGAAAAGACGUUCCUCGUAGAGGAAUAUUAUCAAACGCGUUUCGAGGUGAAUGUAACGAUGCCAGCGUUCUUCUUCGACAACGACCCCUACAUCUACGGCAUUGUCCAGGCGAAUUACACGUCCGGGGCGCCGGUAAGAGGUAACUUGACCCUGAAAGCCAGCUUCAAACCGCUCGAGAAGACGCGCAAUCCUGCGAUGGCGAUCGAGCCGAUCGAUAGGUACUUCAACUUCAACGAGUACUAUCCGUCCUGGUUUAGGACGUUCAACCUGUACCAGGAGAACGUGCCGGUGCUGAGAUUCUUUAACGGCACGUACCACUUCCAGUAUCCCAUGCAUGAGCUAUUGAACUUCGCGACAUCCAUCGACGGCAUGGAGGUGACCGUGGUCGCGACGGUGGGCGAGAGAUUCUUGGACGAGGUGGUUGUCGGCUAUUCCACAGCGAGGAUCUUCAAUUCCACCACGAAGGUGCGCUUCCUCGGUGGCAGUCCGCAAGUAUUCAAGCCGGCGAUGCCGUUCACGCUGAACCUAGUCGCGUCUUUCCACGACAACUCGCCACUGCGCCUCACGCAGCUCAGGAACGCUGUGAUGGAGAUUCGUGCGGACAUCGAGACGCGCAGCGGACGUCGCAACAUCGACACCCAGUAUCUCCAACCGUCCUCUGAGCACGAGGGCAUCUGGUCCGUGAAGAUGGACCUGCGAAAACAGCUCAGGCUGGAGAACGAUGUUGACCGUGCUAAUCAGGUGUUGAACGAAAUCGUGUCUAUGAAAGUAUUCGCGCACAUCACCGAUGGCGAGGGCUAUAGAGCGCACACCGAGUUGCUGAUGCUCGCUCAUGAGUCACCGAAUUUGAAGCACAUCAAGAUCUCGACGUCCACCGAGAAUCCCAAAGUCGGCGAGUACAUGGUGUUCCAUGUGCAGACCAACUUCCACAUCGACACCUUCAAUUACAUCAUCAUGUCCAAGGGUAUAAUAUUGUUGACCGGAGAAGAUAACAUGCAGCACAGCAUCACGACCUUCGCGAUCCCCCUGAGCCCAGAGAUGGCCCCGGUCGCGACCGCCUUGGUGUACUAUAUAGGUCGCUACGGCGAGGUGGUAGUGGACUCGCUGACGUUCCCGGUGAACGGCAUUUCGCGCAAUAACUUCACCGUGUUCAUCAACAACAAGAAGGCGAGGACAGGGGAGUCAGUCGAGGUGGCCAUCUACGGUGAACCCGGUGCCUAUGUGGGACUGUCAGGCAUCGACCGUUCCUUCUACACCAUGCAGGCCGGCAACGAGCUGUCGUACGCGAACGUCAUCACGAAAAUGGCGCACUUCGAUGAGGAGACCAACGGCACCCACUUGCACACUUGGCAGUACCACGACGGUGACCCGGACGAAGUCGUCUACUAUCCAUCGUCCACUUUCGGCAUCGACGCCAAUCGUACGUUCGACUACAUCGGCCUGGUAGUCUUCACGGACACACUGAUAUACCGCAGAGCCGAUCUUUGCAAUCGGACUCAAGGAUACGGCGAGUGCCUGUCCGGUCGAUGUUACCGGCUGGAGAAGAGAUGCGACGGGAUAUUCGACUGCGAGGACGGCACCGAUGAGACGCGUUGCGUCGAGCGGAACGCCACUGACCUGGCGUUGUUCCGCAAGUGGCGGUUCAACCGGAUCCAACGGCACUACGAGAACGUCUGGCUGUGGAAGGACAUCAAUAUUGGGCCGCACGGCAGGCAAAUCUUCAACAUUGACGUGCCGCGCAGGCCGGUCCACUGGAUGAUCACCGCGUUCAGCAUGUCGCCCAGCAUCGGCUUCGGUAUGCUGACGAAGGCGCUCGAUUAUACCGCUGUGUUGCCGUUCUACAUAAACGUGGAGAUGCCGAGCCACAGUAGACAAGGCGAACAAAUCGGCAUCCGAGUGUCUGUCUUCAACUACAUGUGCUACAACAUCGAAGCGACGGUGGUCUUAGCCGGCUCCAAGGACUACAAAUUCAUCCACGUGGAGGACAACGGCAUCGUGCAGUCGUACAAGCCGCGCACUUCCUUCGGCGAGCACCAGUUCUUCAUCUGGAUACCCGCGCAAGACGCUGCUAUCGUUUACCUACCUAUCGUGCCGGUGAGACUCGGUGACAUCCAGGUACACGUGUAUGCGACCACUCUGGUCGGCAGAGACUCGGUGACUCGCACGCUGCAUGUGGAGGCCGACGGGGUGCCGCAGUAUCGGCACCAGUCGAUUCUGUUGGACCUCAGUAACCGUGCCUUCGUAUUCCAUUACUUGCACGUCAACGUCACGGAGACGCCCAUCAUACCAUACGACGAGAACCGUUACUACGUGUUCGGCUCCAACAAGGCAACUGUCAGCAUUGUGGGUGACGUGGUGGGGCCGAUCUUCCCGACGAUGCCGGUGAACGCGACCAGUCUCAUGCAUCUGCCUAUGGACUGCGCCGAGCAGAACAUGUUCAGCUUCGCCGCCAACAUGUACAACACCUUGUACAUGCGUUUGAUCAACCAGCGCAAUCAGCGUCAAGAGAGACAGAGCUUCUACUACAUGAAUAUCGGUUACCAACGGCAAUUGUCGUUCAUGAAUCCCGACGGGUCGUUCAGCUUCUUCCGCACCGAUUGGAAUCAAUCUGAGCCGAGCGUCUGGCUGACGGCGUUCUGCGCACGGAUCUUCCAAGAGGCUAGCUUCUACGAGUGGGAGAAUUUUCUGUACAUCGAUCCUGAAGUGAUCGCGCAGGCAGUCUCGUGGAUACUCCAGCACCAGACGCCGAAUGGUGCGUUCUACGAGGUGACCUGGUUACCGGACCGGAAGAUGAACAGCACGCUGACGGACGAGUAUGGUAAUUACAAGAACAUCAGUCUCACAGCGCACGUACUUAUCACCCUCGAGAGCGUCAAGGAUCUCACAGGCGGCCUAGGGUCCCAAGUGGCCUUGAGCGCGGCCAACGCCGUCAAGUUCCUCGAGAGGAACCUGAAUAUGCUGGAGACGCAGGGCAACCCCUACGAGAUAGCCAUAGUAGCUUACGCGCUCAUGGUGUCGAAGGCCGCGACCGCCGAGUUAGCCUUCAGAAUUCUAACAAAGCACAAGCGCUCCGAAAGCGGCUUCACAUAUUGGGGUAGAGAACCGGUGAAAGUUGAAACCUUCAAGACGGAGAAUCAGAAGCCCUUCCUGCUGCCGCGCUUACCCUUCAAGUACGACGCGGAGAACAUAGAGACGACCGCGUACGCUCUUCUCGUACACGUCGCUAGACAAGAAACCAAUGUAGAGUCGAUAGUCAAGUGGCUGAACACGCAAAGACUGACAGACGGCGGGUGGGCUUCCACGCAGGAUACCGUUUGGUCCAUUAAGGCGUUGAUGGAAUAUACCGUGAGGUCGAGAAUCAGGGACGUAAGUUCGUUGACCAUGACGAUAGAAGCUACGUCUCUACCGGGACAAACGAAAACUCUGGUCGUGAAUGAGAAGAACCUGGCGAAGCUCCAGAGCAUCGAAAUACCGGAAGCGUGGGGUACUGUGAAGGUGGAAGGUAAAGGCGCCGGUUACGCUAUCCUGCAGAUGACCGUGCAAUACAACGUCGACAUUCAAAGGUUCCAAACGAUGCCGCCGAUCAAAGCCUUCGACCUAGUGACCAGAGCGAAUUUCCACGGCAGAAAUCAAUCUCACAUAUCGUAUAUUAGUUGCCAAAGGUGGACCAACACCGAGGAAUCCCCACGUUCUGGUAUGGCGGUGCUAGACAUUGGCAUACCGACCGGCUAUAUAAUCCAGCAGCAAAACUUGGACCAGUACAUCCUGUCGAGGCGCGUGAGGAAUCUGCAGAGAGCACGCUUCCAGGAAAAGAAGGUGCUCUUCUAUUUCGAUUAUCUGGACAGCGAAGAGACGUGCGUGAAUCUUACGGUGGAACGUUGGUACCCAGUCGCCAAUAUGUCACGAUAUCUCGCCAUCCGCGUUUACGACUACUACGCGCCAGAACGCUUCAACGAGUCUAUAUUCGACGCACUGCCUACAUACACGUUAAAUAUCUGCGAGGUCUGUGGUAGCUCGCAAUGCCCAUACUGCCCAAUUUACAACGCAGCCACGCUUCUGGCCACGCCGGCAGGUUUCCUGCUUAUCGCGUCGCUCGUCGUCACGAUAACGAGGUACUUCCGAACGCAGCAAUUCAACGACGGCUAGCAGUUGUGUGCGCAAAGGUAAUAGCGUUCGAUGCACAACACGUCCGUUUCUGUCGUCAUGAUCCGUAUCCGUUGACGGAGCACGAACAUCGAACGGCAUGAUAAUCAGAGUACGAGUACAUGUUUGCAAAUUUCAACAUCUAAUUUGAAAAAAGAAAAAAUUGAUCUUGGAAGAAGAUGAUAGAUGACUGAAUCUUAAUUAUUCUUUUAUAUACAUAUAUAUAUGAAAAUAUGUAUAUGUAUAUAAAGCUAUGUAUGUGCGGCUUAGAUCUUUGAUGUUACCAUAAGUAUUGCCUGAAAAAAAAAAACUGCUAAAAGAAAUUAAAAUGAUUCGCCGAAAUAAUUGCAAAAAAUUAUAUCCACUGGACGGAAAGAACAAUUAAGAUUCAGAAUAAUUAAGGUAAUAUGAUGAAUUUGACACGUUAUUACGAAUUAAUCAUUCAUUAUUCAUCAAGCCCUAUACUAGUAACGAACAAUAUCCUGUUCAAAAAAGGACGUCUGGUCUUAUCAUGUAAAUGUUCUUUUAUGACAAUUUGAUGAUUAUAUAUCCAAAAAUCAUUGCAUCAGUUUUAUAUAGCGUCUGAAUCUCUUUUAAACGAUCGUCGAAAUCUAUAAUCUAAUGACAACGUAGCGAUGUACUUUUACAACCUUCGAAGUUGAGUCGAUAUUCUCGAGAACGAUCACUUUCGAUACCGUGCAAUCUCAUAAUACGGCGCAAGAAGUUUGUGCGUUUUUUUCGCAUCUAAAAAUAAAUAAAUAAAUUUCUCUGUUGCUAAUCAUCCUCGCUUUGCUUUUUGGGCAGGCAGAUGAAUGAAUACAAAUUAUUCACCGCUGACAGUACGAUCUCCUGGCGUCUUGUCCAAGUGAAAAAAUUGGGUAACACCUCGAUAGACGGAAGAUCUCGACAUUCUCUUUUUUUUAUAAUUUAGCAGCUAUAAUUAGACAGAUGAAUUUCAACUGUGCCAAAAUUAACGUUAUGUCAUUUAAUAACAUUCGACACGUUACUACGAAUUUUAAUCAUAUUAUCUUAAUUAUUGAAUCUUAAUUAUACUUUUCGUCCAAUAGAUAUAAUUCUUUUUAGUUGUUUCAGCGAGUUAUUUUAGUCGUUUCUUGAUAAUUUUUUCUCAGAUAAUGUUGUAACAUCGAAGAUCUAAGUCGCACACAUAGUUUUAUAUAUGUGUCAUAAUUUUUAAAUUUCAGUGCCUUUUUACACGAAAUAAUCUAGAAUACAUCUAAAAUAUAUCUAAAAUACAGAAAUAAUCUAGAAAGAUCUCGAUAUGCCACAAAAAUAAUCUUAAAUGCUACAAAAAUAAUCUUAAAAUCAACUAGUUAGUAUAUUUUGUUUUUGAAAUUGAAAUUAAUAUUUGAUCGUACGGAAUAGAGUGGAGAUCACACACACACACAUACACACACAGGCACUUUAAGCGAAUUUAAUUUUCAUAGUUGUAGAAGUGCAUCGCUACCUUGUUAUUAGAUUGUAGAUCUCGAUGGUUGUUUAAAGGAAUUUAGACGCUAUAUAAAACUAAUAUAAUGAUAUAUUUUUGGAAACAUAAUCAUUAAAUUGCCAUAUUUAUAUAAUAAGGCCGGAUAUCCUGUUUGAACAGAAUGCUGUCGGUUACUUAAGACUUGGUAAAUAAUGAUUUAUGUUAUGAAAUGACAUAACAUUAAUUUUGGCAAUUAAACAGUUAAAAUUCAUCUGUCUAAUUAUAGCUGCUAAAUCAUAAAGAAAAAAAGAGAGAGAAUAUCGAGAUCUUCCGCCUAUCGAGGUGUCCUUAAGUUACCUAAUUUUCUCACUUGGACAAAAUGCCAGGAGAUUGUAUUGUCAGCGAUGAACAAUUUGUAUUCUCAUUCAUCUGCCUGCCCAAAAAGCAAAACGAGGAUAAUUAGCAACAGAGAAGCAUAACGUAUUUAUUUUUAGAUGCGAAAAAACGCACAAACUUCUUGCAUCGUAUUAUGAGACUGCACGGUAUCGAAAGUGAUCGUUCUCGAGAAUAUCGACUGAACUUCGAGCGACAGACACGCGCGACUUUAAUAUUGUUAUAACGAUUAUUAUUAUUAAUUUUUAGAAAUACUCUAUUGUCCGUCCCGUUUCUUAAAUCUUAGAAGAAAGCAGUUAAAGUUAUUUACACGGUUAAGGGGGCAUUGUACUCUUAGAGGCAAAGCAUCUCAAGUACAAAUCCGGCGUAAUAGUCGUGGUCGGCGACUUUUACAUGCAGAUUCGUCAGCUACGCUGUUGACCGUUAUUACCAAAAUAAUCACGAUAAAAGUAUUCGUAGUCGCUGAAAGGAAAAGGAGUACGAGUACAAUCGAGAACAACCGCUCGUGCGUAGUUGCGAGUCUUCGAUAAGUUGUAAAAUUAUUUUUCUUUCUCGCCCUCGAUGGUUUCCCGUCCCAAGUUCUUGCACGAACAUCUCUCAUGAUAUUUCGUAUUCCGUAUUCUAUUUUACAAAAUAAUCGUUCGCACAUCGUGCCUUCAUAAUACACGCUGACAUUUCUCACACUCUAGCGCUAGUUUCCGUCUCGUAUCUUAUUCCAUUUUUGCGAAGGACCAGUCAAGGAAAUGCACGCGCACGUAUUCACAUCAUUAGUGCGAUCGGCAAAGUAUGUAAAUAGUAGACUGUAGGAGACACAAAUGUAUUCCAGCUCGAUGCAAUCGACAUCGAGCGACAACGAUGCCGUCCUGUUUAUACAUAUUAUUCGCGUGGAGCGGAAGGUCGCGUCGCGUCCCCGUAAUAAUUAGUGUCUCGAGAGAUAUACAUUUACAUAUAUAAAUAUGUAUCUGUUGAAACAAGAAAGAAGAAAGAUACGUCAAAGAUCUAUUUUAAUAACGUAGCACGUAUUGAAUAUGUAUAUGACUUUAUGAAUCAUAUAUAGAGAAAUCUAUAUAUAUAUAUAUAUAUAUAUAUAAGUUGGUAGUUAUAUAGCGUAAUCGUUUGCGCCACCGGUGCUUUAAGGGUCCGCCUUUGAACGUUACCGUCGCAAUUUGCACGCACAUGUACACACACGGCAACUCUUCGCGUUGUCCGCUAAAAUUAUUUAUUACAUCGAUCGAUUGAUCACAGCGACCUUUCUCACUCUUUGACACGAAACCGAACACCGACACCGACGACGGACCUUUAAAAUCGCACCCACGUGUGCGUGACGCCGCGAAAUACCGUCCAUGAAGCGAAACAAGUGAGGCGUUUACUUUAUAGCAACGACAGAAACAAAAGAUCGCAGAUCGCGAUCUUUGCUCGCACAACGCGCCGAGUGACAAAUUCUUCUCUAGAGAUUAACGAAGACAACAUUUUAACACACGUUGAAUAUACAUACAUAUAUUUUUAAGUUUUUUAACCUUUAUAUGAAUCAACAAUAAAGAGAUGAUUUCGUAUAU